AGGUCACACUGCAGCUAGCGCUUAUAUCGAUAGUCAAUAGGUUCAGGCCUGUAAUAAUCGAUUUGUCUUAUCCCCGCACGUGUUGAAAUUGUUUUCUUUUAUUUGGAUCGCCUUUAAUUUAGUUAAUACAGACAUGUCGGACUUUGAAAUGGAGGACAGCGCCUCGGGGUACGAUUCAGGUGAUAACUCAGAUGCCGAGCUGCAAGCGGCAUUUGAACGAGGCGACUUAAAACCAGGCCUAAACUUGGAGUUCAAUGGCCAGAGAGACAAAGUGAAUGAUGUGGUAAGUAGUCAGCGGAUGCCCGCUCACAAAUCCACUAAUCCAGUUGUGCCCACCCAGACCAAACUGCUGGCAAAAACAGAGGCUAUCAAGAUGCAACUUCCUUGGCUGGAGCGCCUGGACAUGAUCAACACACUGGCUCCCCUGGCCCCGGAACUCGCUGUACAGCUGGAGAAGCACGAGCAAAAGCGGGCCAAUCUCUUCAAAGGCAACGCCAAGCUGCCCUACAUUCGGCCCGAGGAGGAUCCCGUUCUGAACGAUUUCAAGAGGGAGAUGCUCUUCCAUCGACAGGCGCAAAGUGCUGUUCUAGAGGCCAUUCCCCGCCUGCACGAGCUGGGCAUAAAGACCCGUCGGCCAGAUGACUACUUCGCCGAAAUGGCCAAGUCUGACGAGCACAUGCAGAAGGUCCGCGCCAACCUGAUGGCCAAACAGCAAGGACAGGCGAAAUCCGAGCGCAUCAAGCAGAUCCGCGAACAGCGCAAAAUGGGCAAGAUGCUGGCCAAACAGACCAAGGUCCAACGCGAGGCCGAGAAGAAGGACAUGCUGGACAAAUUGAAGAAAUUCCGCAAGGGCAAGCUGAAGAACCUGGACUUCCUGGAGGACGCCAAGGCGCUGGAGUCCAAGCAGAAGCAGUCAGCCGAGAAUCGCAAGAAGCGCAACAAGAAGUUCGGCUUUGGAGGCAAGAAGAAGGGCCUCAAGAGGAACACAAAGUCCUCCUCCGCGGGAUUGGAUGGCGACAAGUCCACAAGGCGGCAGCGGGGCGUGAAGGCGGGUGCUUCGGUCAACAAACGUCUUGGCAAAUCGCGACGCAUUAAGGCCAAGGGCAGAAAGUAGUCCCCUGGGACUGCCGACUAUCUUUAGGUGACCAAACUCUAGUUUUAUAAAGCCCCAAAUCGUGUAUAGAUUUUUUAGAACCAUAAAUACAUUACAUUUUGUGUGCACAUA